AUGACCGUCAAGCUUGCUUGUGCCAGAAUCUUGGUCGCCAUCGUCGUUGGUCUCCUCGCAAUCCAGCCAGGAGUCCAGACCGAUGAGCUUCCCAACCAAGAGCAGCGCAUCUAUCCGGAGAAAUUCCUUUCGGCCGGUGAUAUCGUACGCCAUUGGAAAGGUUGCUGCCGUGGCGUCGGCGGAAAUUUGGCCACCGGCAACGCUCUGUACAGAUACCAAGGCACAGCGAGUGAAGGCUGGUACGGAUGGUGCACAGAUCAGUGA